AUGCCUAAUGCUAGAGCCGCACAAAGUGCCUCUACUUUUCCACCGAAGAUAGUAAAUGUGGUUCACCAAGCGCUGAAAGCCCGACUCUUAGGCGCUAGCAUAAUCCAUUCAGGGUUCGAUAGUUUGGAUUCUGUACUGAACCUGCAAUUCAGACUCCAUUACCAUGUUAUUGGCUCGAGAAAGCUUGCAAAGGCCGUUUGCGAUGUGUUGUUGAAGGACAGCAAACGAUUAGAGGAAAACCUAAGUAUGAUGGAGGAAUUGAAUGACUAUCCUGAGAUUGCAAGACUGGUUGAGAGGAUUUUGUUCAAUUGCUUCGGUAUGCUUCUCUUCUACAGGGGCCAAUUCCAGGAAUCGCAGCGCUAUUUGCUGCAUUCUUUGAAAAUCCACAAUGACACCACGUCACAAGAUGCAACGCCAAUGAAACAGUACGACCAAUAUUUGAUCCUGGAAAACCUAUACUAUCGUGGUCUAGUUUCUCAAGACACGAACAUCAUGCAAAAUAUCUUCUACAAGGAACUGCUAACCCACGUAAACACAAUUCCUCAGGAAUCAAAUGGUCUUCUUUUCGAAUACAUCAAUAUGAUUGUCGCAAAGCUCAGGUUCAGUCAAAUUCAGGACUUGGCGGAUAAUUUCAAAACUACCGCCGAUAGCCCCUUCAUUCUUUUCCUCUACGUUAUGAAGGAAUUCCAAACGCCUUCUCAAAAACAUUUUGAUAAUGACGAUCUUUACUUGAAGUUGGGUCAGAAUAUCUUAUCAAGAACGAAAUUCCCCGCCGCAGGCGAGGCAAAUAACGAAAACUUGGAGCAUUUCAACGUUUUUUUACAGUAUUAUUUCAAAUUCACGUACAUAAAAAAUACAAAAGUGAACCCCGGCUGGUAUAGUUUCAUAGUCUCUUCUAUGGAGAAAACUUUCCAAAGUAUAGAGAUUUCGAAAACAGCAAUGAUCCUUUUCCAAAAUCUAAGCAGAAACAACAGCAAUGAUGAAAUACACAAAAAUUCUUUCAAAAGAGAAUCUAUACUAAAUUUUGCUAACUUUGUGAAAUACAACGACAAGUACUACCAGUUGAACGACAAAUCCCAUCGCGACAUCAUUUCUCUCAUAGACGCCUAUGCCUUCAUUUUGCAAGAUUCCUCCAAAGUGGAUUCCAUCGAAAAUCUUUUCGAUUACGAUAACACUGUUUCUACAUUUGCGGCUUCCUUGAAUUCCUUUUAUAAAGAGUAUAAUUUGCCAUUGAUGAGUCAGACGGAAUCCUUAGAUUGGUUAGAAAAUAGCACCAGAUGCGUAUAUCCAGAAAAUAUUUCGGAAAUUCUGGUCAAUGCAUGGUCGACUUUGUACGAGAUUAGAAAGUUCCAACUGGAUUUUCUUAUAUCUAACGAUUUGACUUCAUAUUUAUGUAAUGCAAUGAUGUUGUCAACAAAGGAGAAAGAAAUUGCUACUGACAAAGAGAAUGCACAGGGAGAGGAAGAGGAGACGCUGCGCGAGUUACAGUUCAAGUUUUCUUACACUCUUGCACAACAAAGGCAUAUCGAAGCUGCAAUCAAAACCCUAGAAUCACUAAUCUUAAGCAGAAAUCCAAACUACUACAAAGCCUGGCACUUAUUGGCUCUUUGUAGAUCUGUUCAAGAGGACAAGGAAAUAUCGUACAAAAUUGUUUGCUCCGUUCUAGAAGCCAUGAGCGAGAGUUUUCAAAAUAAUACUUUACUCAUAAACGAUAGAUGGCAAUUCAUUCAUCUGAAAUUAACUCAGGUGGCUAUUAUUGAGGAAAUUUUCGGCACUUUGGAAGCAUUGGAGACGCUUCCGGAAGUCUUUGAGCUAUACACAACAUUGUUCCCAGAUUCACAACCUGAGUUAAACAGCAUGGGUCCUAAGUAUUCUCAAACUAAAGAAUAUCUCCUACAAAUGAUUUGGAUCUUUGCCGCAAAUAUGUACAUGAGAACAAAAGACAAUGAUUCGGACGCAAAAGCUGCCAUCAAAGAAGCCAUACAUGUUGAAAGUAAAUUCAAGAAUCUAAAUUGUAAUAUUGCCAAUGGUUAUUUAUCAAUAAUAAAAAAUGAACCAAAUGUUGCCCUAAAGGAAUUUGAGACUGUGCUAUACUACGAUGAAAAUAAUUUGGAUGCCUUGAUUGGAUUUGCUGCAUUGAUAUUUCCCGAAGAACUCGAUAAAGAGGAAAGAAAUCUCGAAAGUUAUUACACACUGAGCCUCGAUAAAAAACCAACCAAGAGCGCCCGGCUUACAUUUGUGAAUGAGACAGAUAGGUCGGCUGCGUAUGCAAGAUUGAAAUUUCUGUUAGAAUGUGCGAUACUGGAAUCAGUCGAAGCUUAUCAUUGUCCAGAUGUAUGGUGGUAUUUGUCCUUAAUUUACGAAAAGUAUCAAGAUGAUGAAUAUAAAAGUUCCCUAUUAAAGUGCGUCAAAUAUCAAGAAUUGAACCCUAUACGGUCCCUAAGAUAUUGUAACUACUAA